AUGGAGGCGUUCAACAAGCGGAAGAAACACCUGAAGGAGGUCCUGGCUCGGUCAGCUAGCAAGAUUCAUUUCUCCUUUGACCUCUGGACGUCUCCAAAUCAUUUGGCCCUCCUCGGAGUAGUUGCUCAUUUUAUUGAUGAGUUUGGUCAAAACCAGUCGAUUCUUAUUGCGAUACGCCAGCUGCAUGGGUCCCACUCAGGAGAGAACCAAGCAGAGGUCAUAAAAGAGGUGAUUCAUGAAUACAACCUCCAGAAUCGUGUUGGUUAUUUUGUUACAGACAACGCUUCUAAUAAUAAUACCGCUAUCGACGCCCUCGUCGCCUGUUUCCUCCCUCACCUUACACCAAAGCAACGACUUGGCCGACGUCUACGCUGCCUUGGCCACGUUAUUAACCUCUCUGCCAAAGCCUUCUUAUAUGGUACAGAAUUCAAUGCUUUUGAGAAGGAUGCCGAGGCGUUUAAAGAACAGUCAUCACUGCUGAGGGAGCUACAACUUUGGAGGAAACGAGGUCCCGUUGGCAAGCUGCACAACGUAGUAACCUUCAUUUGUCGAUCACCUCAACGGCGAGAGAAAUUUGCGAAUAUAAGGAGUCAGUCCGAAGACUUUGCUACCGAAUUCGACGGCCUGAAGCUAGUGGUUGACAACGCAGCUCGAUGGAACUCCCUUUACCUAAUGAUCGAGCGCGCUCUCAAGCUAAGAGACCGUAUUGAUCGCUUUUGUAUCGAUCAUGCGGAAUCCAUGCACGGUUCAUCUAAUAAGAAGGCGCAGUCGACGGAGGAAUAUGAAUCCUUACUCAAGCAUGACUCACUGACCGCUGACGACUGGGCGGUUUUGACUGAGAUCGUAGCCUUCCUAGAGAAGUUCUACACCCUUACAAAGCGCGCGGAGGGGAGCAAAUUGUCGUCUGAUCGAGGCGUAUUGUCUGACUAUAUGACCAUCCUCAAUAUCCUUUUGAAGCAUGUCCGGGAGUACCGUGACGACUUUAAUUUCAGAGCCGAAAAUCCAGAUCUAACCUCUCCUGGCAUCCGCCAACUCUGUGCAUGUAUCGUCAAUUGCUGGACGAAGCUGGAUGAGUACUUUGCAAUGGUCAAUGAUACGCCGGCCCACUACGCUGCUAUCGUGACGAAUCCUCAAAUGAAGUGGAAGUACUUUGAGAGGCAGUAG